AGUAAGUUCACGUUCAUUUCCUAACAAAUUUAAAGAAAAUGGUUUUCAAAUAUUUCGAAGCGGGCAAUAUAGACCCUGAAGAACUAUUAUAUUAUGUGAAAACUAACAAAAUUGCAACAAUUAAAAAAUUACUAAAAAAUUGCAAUGAUUUGUUGUACCAAGAAACUGAAAAUGGACUGACUGUGUUAGAAUCCAUUUGUUAUCAUCAAUUUACAGAAGAUUUAAUACACAGUACCAUUGCCUCAUUACUAGCCAAAGUGGAUGCCAAUAAAUUGAAACCAAAUUCUCAGAGAGGAUACAAAUCGUUAAUUCAUUUUGCUGCAUUGGGUCAAAAUCCAAUCAUUUUGGAAGCACUUAUUAUAAAAUUUCCGCAACAAGUAAAACUCAAAGCAGAAAGAAACACAGCGCUUCAUAUAUUAAUCAAAGAAUCAACAAGUUACGGUCCUAACUUCCUACAAUGCAUAGAGAUAUUACUCAAGAAUGGCGUCGACAUAGAGGCCAAGGACAAACUUAACAAAACAGCAUAUGAUUGGGCAACGGAAAAGAAAUUGCUUGAUGAUUCUGUACUUGAAACGUUUCGACCAAAAACAGCUCCUAAAAAAAUUCCGACUCCACCAAAGUCCGAAUCGUAUAGAUCUCGAAAGUCUUAUGCAAUACCCGUAAACGUUGACUACAGACGUAGUACACCGAUGUCAAUUAGUCCCAUCAAUCAAAUCAAUUCACCGAUGGAUUACCUUCGUAAUCUUGACGAAAAUGGUUUCAUCAACUAUUUCAAAACCAAUGACUCAUCGGAUAUCAACGAAUAUUUACCUUAUGCAAUUGAACAUAAUUUGUUGAAUGUUGUUGAUUACAUGAUCGAAACUAAUCAGCUGCAACCUUCAGAAAAUGAAACACAUCCGCUGAUAAUCGCAAAAAACCACCGCCACUACGACAUGUUAAAACUACUCCUCGAGAAAAUGGAGGUGCCAUCCGAUAUUCUUUUCCGAUUGAUCCGAACCGCCGACGGAUGUAUAAACGAAUCUGGUUUCAUGGAGUGCUAUCAAUUGAUAAUUGAAAGUGAUAAAGUAGAUGUCAAUUUGGCUGAUGACUACUACAACACAGCGUUGCAUUGCGCAGGAAAAUACACCAGAUGGGGCAUUAUGCUGUUACUACUAAAAAAUAAAGCCUCGUUAGCUAAUUGUAACUCUGACCAACAAAUGGCCAUAGUUGAAAUUGAUACCUACGUAUUGGGUAAACACUUUGACCAAUGUGUGCAAUUCGGGUAUCAGCGUUUGUGUGAAGAACGUCUUCGACUUUCCUUUAAUUACGCAACUUUAUUUCCUACCAGAAAUCAAAGUAAACUUGAUUCAUGCGCAGAAAGUACUCCAUGCAUUGAGGAUGCAAUUGUGGAGGAAGAUACCGCAGGCGUAAAGUUGAAUUUCAAUGAAAACGACCAAUUGUUUACACAAUCAAACACAAUGGGGGCCAGCGAACUGGAGGUAAUUCUACAUCUCAGUAAUAACCCGGAUAAACAAUCACUCCUUUUACAUCCAUUGAUCAAUGCUCUCAUCGAUGUCAUCUGGCACAAAGUAGAAAUAUUCGUUUUUAUCAAUUUCAUUGUUUACAUGUUGUAUUGUGUAUCAUUGGGAUUGCAUCUUGGUUUUGGUAACAAUUUAUCAAAAGCAUUUCUUAUCAUAAUGUGCUGCGUUUUAAUCCUACGCGAAUGUUUCCAAUUUAGUUACCAGCGUGCUAGUUACUUCAAGCAACAAAACAACUAUAUAGAAAUCGCUGUGUGUAUUGUCGUUGCUUUGUUAUUGAUGACAGAAAAAGUACAAUUCAAAGUUGUCGCUGCUCUUUUAAGCGCUUUUGCGUAUUUGUCGAUAUUAGACUCUAUGCCGACGGUUGCUUCGUACGUUAAUAUGUUUCAAAGGUUACAAAACAUUGUUGUAAAGUUUUAAUGAUAUUUUUCGUUGUGACGCUUGCAUUUGCUUACGCUUUUCACGCCAUUUCCGUUUCGCCUGACUCCGAUCAAUUUUUCGGUAAUUAUACAACAUCUUUAUUCAAAACAAUGGUCAUGUUAAGCGGAGAAUACGAAGUGAGUAAUCU